UAUGGCUGCCAACUUUAGUGGAAACGGGAACAGAGAGAGAUUUUUGCAGAGAGUAAAAGAGACCGUUGAUGAUUGUUUCCGGCUUGGGACGACUGAUGCCAUACAAAAACAGAUGUUUGACAGUAUACGUGAAAGAUUGAACAAUCUUUGUAGAGAUGUUGAAAGAUCUGCUGGCAAUAUGCUGACAGACUUAGAAGCAAAUGAAUUCAGUGAAAUGAUUGGUACUGUAAGAGACGAAAUAGAGGAUAACCAAACCAUAGAAAAGAAAACAGGUUACCAGUCGAAACGCCUUCAAACUGACGAAAAUGGUCACUAUAAAUAUGAUGUGCCCAGAGAACAGCUUGAUUUUCUUUCAAGAUUUGGUUUCACUGCGCCAAUGAUGAGCGAGGUGCUUGGUGUGUCAGAAUCAACAGUUAGAAGGAGAUUAAGAAACUUCAACAUUAGUUUAAGGCAAACAACUGUUAUAACAGAUGAAAACCUUGAUCAGAAAAUCAUAGAGGUUACUGGUACUAACAGACGAAUAGGACCAAACUCCAUACGUGUUAGAUUGGCUGAGAAAAACAUAUUUCUACCCAGACAGCGAGUACGAGAUGGAUGUUCAAGAGUUGAUCCAGGUGGAUGUGCCCUAAGGUCGUUAUUGAGAAAAAAUAUCCAAAGAAGAACUUACAAAGUUGCAGGUCCAAACUCACUUUGGCAUUUCGAUGGAAACCAUAAACUUAUAAGAUGGAACCUAGUGGUGCAUGGUUGUAUUGAUGGCUACAGUCGAUUGGUAACAUUUUUGAAGGUCAGCAACAAUAACAAGGCACUGACAGUUUUCAACAAUUUUAUAGAUGCAAUCAGACUUUUUGGUACUCCUUCAAGAGUUAGAUGUGAUUAUGGUGUGGAAAAUGUAGAUGUAUGCACCUACAUGGAAGGAAUAAGAGGUAUCAACAGGGGAAGUGCCAUAAAGGGAAAAAGUUGCCAUAAUCAGAGGAUAGAACGUCUAUGGGUAGAUGUCUGGGAUAAUGUUUCCAAUGAAUUUUAUGAUUUGUUUUCCUAUAUGGAACUUAAAAAUAUAUUCGACAUCACAAAUGAGUAUCACCUAUAUGCUCUCCAUUAUGUUUUUCUGCCAAGGAUAAAUGAAAGAUUAAAGUCCUUCGCCUUUCAAUAUAACAACCAUCCAGUCUCAACUGAACACAAUAGGAGCCCAAAUCAGCUGUUCAUACAAGGUGUGCUUGCAAACUCUAUGUCAAACUUCAAGUCCAUAGAGGAACUUAUUCAGGAUGCUGGAUCCACCAAUGACAGAUACUAUCAAGACCUGUUAGAAGAAUAUGGAGUUGAAGAUAAUAAUGAUGAUGUUAGUGAUAGUGAAAACAAUGCCGAUGCAAUUAUUUCUGUUGUUGAUGUCAAUAUACCUGAAGACAAACGUCAACAGAUAUGUGAAGAAGUUAACCCAUUGUCAAUCAUAUCAUCACUGGAAUAUGGUGAGGAAUUGUUUAAAAUCACUGUACAACUUCUUGAUCUCGACUAGGACAUGAUCUGAAGAAUCCUUACCACCUUUUGGUAUUUGACCAUAGAACAAUUAGUAAUGUGAU